GUUUUUGAUCCAAAUCCUUGAAACCCAGAUAGAGAAAAUACAUUAGGAAACACUUUCAGUAUCAUCUGCAACGUACCCAGAAACAGAGAACUUGUUUUUCUUGAGGAUUUGAUCUCUAUGCAUAGGUCAAAGUUCACCAAAAUGGGAAAAGGAUUGACAACUUUGUUGCUUUCUUGUGUUCUGUUCUCUCUAUGUGCCUCAUCGUUUGCUCAAACCUGUAAGAGUUAUACUUUCUCUAGCAGCAACAGGGUAUACAGCUCAUGCACAGACCUUCCUGUUUUGAGUGCUUUCCUACACUGGAGCUAUGACCAAUCAACCAGUAAAGUUGACAUUGCGUAUAGACACACAGGAGCCUCAACUUCGAAUUGGGUUGCUUGGGCGAUCAACCCUUCAGGACAAGGAAUGGUAGGAGCACAAGCCCUUGUGGCCUAUCAAAACUCCAGUUCGGCCAUCCACGCAUACACAUCCCCAGUGAGCGGAUAUGGAACUACGCUGGCAGAGGGUUCUUUGAGCUUUGCGGUUUCAAAUCUCUCUGCAACAUUUGAGAAUAGCGAGAUGACGAUAUUUGCUACACUGACGCUUGAUAGCAGCAUGACAACGGUGAACCAAGUCUGGCAAGAAGGUCCUCUGAGUGGAGGUAGUCCCAGCAGCCAUGAUACCACUUCGAGCUCAGCCAAUAUGCAAUCAGCAGGCACUCUGAAUUUUCUGAAUGAUCAGGCGACAACAACGUCUGCAGGAGGUGUAGUCACUGCAAGGCGUCGAAGACAGAAUGUUCAUGGAGUGCUAAACGCGGUUAGCUGGGGGACUCUGAUGCCCAUGGGAGCCAUGAUUGCAAGGUACCUAAAGGUGUUCAAGUCAGCAGAUCCUGCAUGGUUUUACCUGCAUAUUGCUUGCCAAACUUCUGCCUAUGUUAUUGGGGUUGCUGGAUGGGCAACGGGUCUAAAACUAGGCAGCGAAGCCUCUAGUGUUAAUCAGUAUGAUACUCACAGGAACAUCGGCAUAACCCUCUUCUGCCUUGGAUCACUUCAGGUGUUUGCCCUGCUUUUGAGGCCAAAGAAGGAUCACAAAUACAGGUUAUAUUGGAACAUCUACCACCAUUCUGUGGGAUAUUCUGUCAUUAUCCUAAGCAUCAUCAACAUAUAUGAGGGAUUGGAAAUCUUGGACCCUGAGAAGAAGUGGAAGAAGAUAUACACCGGAAUUCUGAUUUUCUUAGGCAUCGUUGCCGCUUUAUUGGAAGCUUUUACUUGGUUCAUUGUUAUCAAAAGGAAACAGACGAGCUCUGUGAAGUACCCCGAUGGGAAUGGAGUGAAUGGCACUAAUAGCUAUGCUGCCAGAACUGAGAAUGGGGUAUAGUUUAUAGAUGAGAGACUAGGCCUUUUCCUUCCUCAGAUGCCUCACUAGCUUAUUUUUGUAGGCUUUUACAACAUGGGUGGGGGUAUUUGAAUGUCAUGUAUGUUUGAGAGAGUUUUAGUACCUUCUUUUGCUUGAUUUUUUCAUUCACCUUGUAGCCAUUUAUGAGUAGCUUGUUGCUUAGACAG